AUUCAAAAGGCAUGCUAAGAUGGAAAGAGGGAUCUAAAAUGACAACCAGUGCUGCUUGUUACCUAGCUUUAGAAGUAGCUGACAACAUGGUAUUUUUCAAGACCACGGUAAAAUGUACCAGUUGUUUUUCAAUUUGUUUGCAAAAAAAUAUUUUUCAAUAGGAUUAAGAGGAUUGCUUUAGUAAAAUUUGCUUAAAAGAGUGCAUUUUCAAAGGAAUUAGAAGCGUCAAAAUUCGAAAAUCCCCUCCUCCAUCGGGGGCGACCGUGGUGCCGCCUCCCAAUAUAGAUGUAAAAUGUUGCUUAAAUCGAUUGAUUCUCAGGACCUUUAAAAAGCAGAGGAUGGCCAAUAAAUGAUGCGACGUAAAUCUGUUAAAUCUUUCCUUCUUUUCUCUCGAUAAAAUCGUCCCGGCAGCUACAUAACUUGCAUGCUAACAACGGCAUAAUAAUUAACGCGUGACAUGGACAUAAUCUUUCACAAGAACUAUCCCAGAGGUCUUCCAAAACUGAUAAAUCUUCUAUAAAUAUCUCUAAACGACUAAGGACAAAACGAAGGCGACAAGAUCUUUCACAAGCAUCUUGCCCCUAAAACGGUGCAUGCCUAAACUGCUUUCUCUUGCUGCUACUUUUCCAUGAUUCUUACUGCCUAAGAUGAGGUACGGGGCCCCCAUAUAUACUGAACUAAAAACAAUAGACAUACGUAAAUAAAACGGUGAAAGGAAGUAAUCUACUUAGUAACGAGCGGGGUGGGGUAGCGCGAUAUCCUAAAAUACUGGGUUGCUAUGGCGAUCUACUUAACAUGCUGAUAAUUGACGUAGGUAUGAAGUUACUCAAAGAUUAUCCUAAUACACGUGAUAGAAAAAUGCGGAACGAGCAAGGAAAGUUACAGAUAAACAAGAGUGAUUAGAAUCAGACCAUGAAGGAUCAAGGAAGUAAAGUGGAGUUGUUUUAAUCAACGAUGGCGUACAUAAUUCCGUCUUCGCUUUUAAUGAUAGCGAUGUUUAUUUUGAAAUUUGCCAAAGGUCAGUAUGUGCCAAAAUGGUCAUGUGAUUUUGAAGAUGGUUUAUGUGAUUGGUACAAAGUUGAUGUCAAUGGGUUUGGUUGGAAACACAGUGCUGACAGUCCGUACAAAAUCGAAGAUCAUACAAAAGACAGUGUCAAUGGCUCAGUUGCAGUUCUAGCACUAACUGGGGUGAGAUUUGGUGAUGCUGGGAAGCUAGUCUCACCAUUAUUCAAACCAGCAAAUGGCUCUUGUAAGAUGGUUUUCUACUACAAGGUGAUAAGGGAUAUAGAUUAUUACUAUCUUUACCUUAAAGUAGAAAAGGUUAUUAAAAAAAUGGAUGGUAUUUCACGUGUGCGUUUAUUCCGUGCUUCGAUUCGAGAUCAUUAUUGGAAAAGAGGCGAAGUGACGCUAAAUAGCGAUGUUGAUUUUCAGGUGGAGAUUACUGGAAGUUCGCAUUAUGUGGAUGGGAUAAUAGCUCUAGAUGACGUCAUGUUCACUGAAGGCUGUUUUACACAAGAGCUAACGCCAAUCAAAAUUGUCAAGCCUCAGUCAUUACCCAAAUACAAUUUUCCAGAGGGUGUGUUUUACGAGAAGACAGGCAACAGCUGGUCAAUGGUUUGCGAUAAAGACAAGGCACUAGCAGCUUGCAGAUAUCUUGGAUGCAACGGUUUGGCAAAUAGCACCUUGGUAGCAAGAGGUUUUAAGUCAGGCCAGAAGACUUGCCUUUUGAGCAACAACACGCUCUCUAAUUCAAGCAGCUGCCACAAUUCAACUGGCUGCAUUUAUGCUACCUUCUGGAGAUGCAAAUCAGAUUAUAUCAUGACAUGUCCCCGUCUUACCCACAACACCUGUACCAGUGGCGCUGGAAGCCUAAAGUGUUACGAUCGCAAUCAUAGAUGUGACUUCCAUAAGGAUUGUCCAGGGAGUGAAGAUGAAGAGGACUGCAUAGAAUACAAAAGAUGUGAUUUUCAAAACGAUUUCUGCAAUUGGAUACCAUCUAAGCAUACCAAUUUAGAAUGGCAGCGCACAAAAUCAAGAGAAGGCAAUCACUACUAUUUGAAAGCCGACAAUUCACAUUCUCUUCAUACAAAUGAUCAGGGAAAAUUGCUGUUAAAAGAUACCAUUGAAGGCUCCCCCAACGUCACUUGUGUGUUGCGCUUUUCGUAUCAAACAAGCAGAUACUGGAGAGGAAUUCUGCGGGUUUUCUCGCUCACAAGCAACACCGACAGGGUAAUCCAUUCGAUCAGCACCCCGCACCGGCAAGGCUGGUCAAGACAGAACCUUAUCUUACAUACUCUCGGCAAUUUUAGGAUCCGGAUUGAUGUCACAGGCCCAAGCUACCAUGGGUUCUUCAAUCUGGCUAAUAUAUCCUUCUCACCUGAAUGCCUCUUUCGCAAUCACACACAUGUCCCAAGCAAUCGAUCCGAUAUUUUCGUUUGCCAUAGUGGCGAGGAUAUCUCUUCUUCGCUAGUCUGCAACCUCAAUGCGGAUUGCUUUGACGGCAGUGAUGAGAUGAAUUGCAAAAAUCACUCGGAAACAUGCACAUUUGAGAAAUCCUUAUGCAGCUGGCGAAUUGAAGUGAAUGCAGCUACAUUAUUGCGCCGCCACAGAGGUCGUACACCUAGUUCUGGAGUCGGCCCAUCUAAAGAUCACACCAACAAAUUUAUCAGUGGUUAUUAUAUAUACUUGGAAGCAAGUGGCAUAGACCCUGGUCAUAGUGGGUAUCUUGUCAGUGGAUUGAUGCAAAAGCCUUUAUCUGGAAUAUGCAUAUUUCGCUGGUUUUAUCAUAUGCGCCAGGGGUAUUAUUAUGGAAAAGGGAAGUUGGAGGUCAUGUACUAUGAUCCAAUGAGCCGCAUUGAGAAGAUUUUGUGGACGAAAGAAGGUGAUCAAGGAUACUCGUGGAAAUAUGGCCGUGUCACCUUCAACGUCGCGUCUCUGUUUUACAGGAUAAAGCUGAAAUUCACGCGUGGAGAUUCAUAUCAAAUUGAUGUUGCUGUUGAUGACGUAUCAUUUUCAGAUGAAUGCUACAAUAUACAAAAAUACAACGCACUCACAAUAAAACAAGUCUGCAAUACAGGCCAGGUUAUGUACAAGGUAGAAAAUCGCUCUGCAUCCAUUUUUUACGAAUACAACACCAAGCUAGGUAGCCACCUCCGCUGCCAGUGGCUUAUCACCGCAGAUCCAAGGCUACGAAUCCACUUAUCGGCAGAAUAUUUUCACACAGCUUACAACGAUAAAGUAUUGAUCCGUCACGACCACAGCAUUGAAAUCUCUGGGGUGAGAGCCCCAUUUCAACUGGUUUCACCAAGCAAUAUUCUACGAAUUGAGUUUAAUGCAACUCAUAUGAACACUUCACAAGGAUUUGCAUUCAACAUCUCUUCAACUGAUGCACAAAUGCAUUCUGCCAAACCAUACGAUCUUCCAAGUGGUUCUGGAACCAUAGAGCUAAUCUUAAAGUGUCGCAAUCAAGCCCAAACUUCUCAGUUGAUAAGGUAUUCUGGUACAAUUAAACCGCGCCUCCGAUUUAGUUCCGGCACCUACUUCAAUGACGAAGAUUGCGUCUACAAGUUCCAUGCAACUAACGGAUAUCGGAUGCGUUUCAAUUUCGGAUUUUUCCAAACAGAAAGUGGUCCUGAUUAUGUUGAAGUUUUGCACAGUGGAAUUAUUGGAAAAGGAUUAUUUUCUGGUGACCUUGAUCCCUUCUACUUUGUAUCAAAGGGAAGCUGGCUUUCGUUUCGGUUUAAAACAAACAAUGCUCAUGUAGAACGUGGUUUCAUCCUUCAAGUUUCGUUAACUGCUUCACCAGCCAUAGGAGUAACAAAGGACCAAAAGACCUUGACUACAGCUCUCCCCAGGACAAUCCCGGUUUCAGUUCAACCUUAUCAGUUCCUUACUCAGGAGUGCCAAAGGCCUGUUAGAAUGCUUUGGUCUGGUGACAAGUUCUUUGGUUCGUUGCGCCCACUUGGCGCCUUUCUUCGAUACUGGUCAAUUAACUGCAUGUGGACCGUACCAAAAAAAGCUGAUUUCAAAUACGUCAUUGAAAUCACUCACGCAUACCUUGAUGAUGUCAUAUCGUUACUGAAGAUCACUGAUGAAACGCACUCGUCGACGCGUACACUUAGUACAUUUACGCAAGCUCGCAAUUGGGAGAAUCUUAUCGUUGUCAGCGAUGGGAAGUUCACCGUAAAGAGCAUGCUUAAGGCCUACUCGUUAAAUGUUUCUGUUAUCUCAUACUCCAUUUACCCUGGCUGUUAUUCCAACUCACUUAAAUAUGAAUACCACUUCAAGUACACUUCAGCUCAAACAAAGACGCAAUGUAUUUAUGAAUGCAAAACCAACAGCUACAAGUAUGCGUUCGUCGAUCAGAAUCACUUUGGCUGUUAUUGCGGGAAUAUCGAGCCAUCCCGGAAGGGUUUCGACAUGGUGCACCCGAGGUUUUGUUCUAGUCCACCGCUCUACAGGCAUUGCACUGUUGGAAAUUGCCUCAGAGGGGGAUUUGGCAAGCUGUAUUUAACUGUGCCUGAUGCCUUCAACACAACGACCCCAGCCAAAAAAGUUUCUUCUGGAAACCUUUCAGCGGAACUUAUCGGCUCUUCCUUUGGCAUAAUGGCCUUUCUGGUCCUUACGUUUAUUUUCAUAAGAUACAGGAUAAAGAAGAGACAGAGAGCUGAACGUUCUAAUCGUGGAGCAAAUCAAUAUUUGCCAGUCCAAACUCCUGAUGUUUGUUACGCGCCUGACUCUGCUCUUGGAGAUGCAUCACCUUCAUAUUCAGAUGCCACAAAAGAAGGGGUCGUUUUCAUGGACUCAAGGAACGCUGUUGCCCUUUGUCAGUGGAAACGCCAUCAGGGGCUGAAGCUCAUCGAAACCAAACCCCGUUAUUAACGAGUCUUAGUCAGCUCUCGAGUCCCAGAGUGGUAUUACCGGCUGUCGACGAUGGCGAUUCAAGACCAGGCUCCGCAGCCCUGAUAAGAUCUCGACCAGCAUCCGCAGCCUCGGUUGACUCUGUCUCCGAUUCAUUGCACCCUUUGGUAUGACCCACAACGAGGCACCAAAGAAACCCCAAUAGAAUGCUCCCGCCACUGCAAGUUCGAGUCAGGGCUACAGACAAUCGAAAUCCUGGCAGUGACGUAUGAAACCUUGUAUAGCUAACAUGCAAACAUUGUAAAUACAACGUAUAUCUGUAGAUCCGUACAUGUCAAAUUAGAGGAACAAGGAAAUCAGAGCACCAUUACCGCCGGACCAAUCAAGAACUUUCCUGGGGUCUGGGACCCUUGAUAAAGUCAUUGUUGUUUUGUCAGAAGCUUUGUUACAUCUUGGUCGGGCCCCUCUCAGCUAAGGGCACGGGGAAAUCUGCCUUCCCUACCUCGCCUGCUUUCCUUGUGCCCCUGCCAAUUAUUGAGAGAACAUGUGAUUUGUGUUGGGGCAAUGAGCUUUGCGGCAUAUACAUUUACCAAAAACA